CGACAGAACUUAAGACGACAUUCAUUCUUUAGCCUCGAGAAUUACUUUCACCUAUAUAUUAAAACAUGGCGGCUGAGUUGGACCCAGUUCCAGUUGUUGUACCUUCUGCAGAGCUCAACCAAAACCUAUCCAAAUAUGUUUCAAAGGAGCUAACUGAGCUCAUCAUGUGGCGCAACUGGAAAAAGACGUUGUUUGUAUUCAUGGUACUCCAAGUUUUCAUCCUUGAUGUUACCUACCAGUCGGUUAUAAGUGUGGUGAGCGUAUGGAGUCUGUUUGGACUCUGGAUAAUGAUUUGGUACCGCUUCUACGUGCGGUUCCUUCAGUUGAUCGAUAAAACCGAUAUCAAGGGAAAUCCCUUUCAGAAAUAUCUCGACAUGGACUUUCGUAUAUCUGACGAGCGGUCGAAGCAGUUUGCACUUUUGUUUUCAUCUCAAGUUAUUGGUUUCUCAAACAAGCUGCAAUCUAUUGUUUCAGGGAGAAGUCCUUUGAAAUCCGUCAAGUGGAUGUUUUUUCUAGGUGGAGUGGCCAUAGUUGGAAAGUUGAUCAGCAUAGCCAUAUUGCUCCAGUUGGGUUUAUUUCUAAUAUUUACAAUUCCAAAAAUGUACGAAUGCCAAUGUCCACUCAUAAAGUUUUCAAAACUGGCUAACUUUAUUAGUCAAGGAAAAUGCAUUAAAUUAAACAUCUUUAAGCAGUUGGACAAUGAAAAUGAGAAUGAUAAAGAAGUUAACAAGAUAAUUGAUUUGGAUAUUGAUUUUAAUGAUGAAUGCAAUGAUGAUACCAUUUUUAAAACAGAAGAGAAUCCGAGUGAUGAAUUUGAGCGACUUGCCGAAUCCUCGUCAGAUGAAGAAACUGAUGAGGCCAAAAAAAACCAAUAAAAGGAUAACACCUCUAUUUUAUGACUGGUUAUAAUAUGCGGAACUAGAAAAACCUUUAUUAGUGGAGGUCAUUAAGCCAGACUUUGUCCAAAGUAAAUACUUUAAAAAUACAUGCAGUCAAUAAAAAUCCAUAUUUAUUCGUUGCUCCAACAA